AUGGGCUUCGGAAUUAAAGUCGAAAUCGUGGAGGAAGAGCUGCGCGUAAUAUCAAUCCCCGAACACUGCGAAACUAUUGAAGAUAUAAUUAAACACUGCCUGUAUACGAGCGAUGGGAUAGCCGACUAUGAAAUCAGUCCCAAAGACUUGACAAUCUUCGGUCUUCAAUCUGCGAAUGGCCACUGGCUUCGUCCAGCACUCAGAAUUAAUGACCUGUCGACAUUGAUAAAGCCAGACUCGAAAUUCAACCAGCAAAAUUUGUCAACCCUUCGACUCCGAAUCCGCUACCUUUUUCCAUUUUCCAAGAGCGAGAAGAAGAUCAACUGGCCCUCUCGGCAAGGGGGCGAGAGCUUGUAUUCUGAUGGCUUGUGGCGAUACGCGUUCUAUCAAAUCCGGCGGGAUUACUUGUCGGGAGCAAUUCAACUAGAAGACACAGAGAACCAGUCCUCUCAGGGACUGGGACUGGCGGUAAUAGACACAGUGAGACUGAAGAAAGAAGGCAUCGUCCCGCCGACAAACCACGAAAUGCUACUUUCGCCGCAGUUACGUUCGAAGAAAACAGUCCGUGUAAACUCCAUCAUUACGUCUAUUCGUCUCAAGAAGCUUUUCAAGAAGUCCGUGAAAGCGCACGAGCAAGAGAAUUUGAAAAGUUUAACGAUCACUCAGCUGCGCGAUCAAUACCUCUACAAUCUCCUUCCAAACGUGCGUGAAGAGACUUGGGGCGAAAUAUACGAUGUAACCUUUGGAAGAGGCGACAAAGGUCGAGUCUGGGUCCAUCCUGAGAACGGCAUCUUGCUUCAGCGAGAAGGAAAAGAUUGGACUCGUCAUUUCUCCAGCUCCUUCAAAAAUGUCCUUUUCUCACGCCGUUCCAAAAAGCAACUCAGCGUUAACUUCAUGGACAUUAACGAGUGGCAAGUGACUUUUUCUUCUGAAGAAAUCGCUACGGACUGCCACAUCUAUAUUGAAGGCAUGAUACUGCGUAAUCCUUCGACAGGAAAACUCAAGUUUAGCGGCGACAACUCACCGGAGUUCGAUUCUCUUCAAGAUGUUCUAACCAAUGGAAAGGGGUCACCAUUCAAUGUGUCCAGAAGGCUGACUCCUUGCGUCGUCAGUCCAACAAGAACGAAAGUAUUCUCUGCCGGGGAAAGUUCGAUGAAAAGCCUUGUUCCCGAGAGGAUAGAGUUGCCCUCACACGCACUGUAUCCGGAGAGUAAAGUCACGUCGAAGUCUGUAAUGGGCGCUGGAAGAUUUACGGACGUUUACCAAGGCCGCAUGCAGAUCGAAGCAACCAAAAAAGAACGUUCAGUCGUGACUAAGUGUAUCAAAAACGACGAUCUUCUCAGCCGGAUCUUCGGAAAUAUUGACGAGGUAGCGAUCAAGUCCGUUAAAGAAGCCUUUCACGAAUCACUCGACAUCAUCCAUAAUUCAAGACAUCCCCACAUUGUGCGUCUACUAGGAAUUAUGAGCACAGGCGCAAUCAUCCUUGAGCGAGCACCAGGUGGUAGCAUUGAUUGUUAUUUGAGACGAAAGCAUGAGCAACUCAGAAGUAGACAAGAUGCGAACUACGAGGAAAACUUCGGACCAGACAUUGAGUACGAAUGCCCUUACGGUGAAAAUGGGUACUACGAUGCCUGGGAUGGAGUAUCGAAAGACAGCUCGUCAACUAAAUACGAGCAGCUGAAUACUGGUCAGACUGUUCGCACUGAAGUUACGACAGUAAACUCAAGUAGUUACGGAGGCUUCACAGGAGAGACCGAAGAUAAGUCGACAGAGUCACCAAAGCGAAAUUGGAUUGCUUGGAAACUAGAAGUUCUUUGGCAAGUUGCCACAGCACUUCAAUAUCUCCGAAGUCGGUGCCUUUUCCAUGGCAAAAUCAAAGCAUCAAAUAUUUUACUCUUCACCGAUGGUCCUAUCAACACUCCUCAGCCUCAAGUCAAAAUUUCUGAUCCUGGCGUCGUCCACCACAUGGCAACAAAGCACAAUUCAGAGUAUUCACGGGAAAUGGAUCUCCCCCCUCCCUGGAUUCCCAUAGAGUACAUUUCUAGCCAAGUCGAGAAGUUCCCGUUAUGCUACGACAACUGGAGCUACGCAACUUUGGUGGCUGAGAUUGGCCAGUGGUGCUACAAAAGCUUCAAAAUGAGUGUUCCUUUGAGCAGACCUGAUAAAGACCGCUACUGUACAAAGCGUGUACGUGACCUUCCAACGUGGAUCGAAGACCUCAAUCCGAAACUUCAUAAUAUGAUCAGAGAAUGCUGGAAUCCAGAACCUACUCUGCGGCCAUCAUUCUCUGACCUGCUUCGUGAGCUUGCUAUCGCCCGUGUCAUUGCUAGGGAAACCGAUAAAACUCUUAGCCUGGAGCUUCCAUCAAGUGCUAAUGCGAUGGACGAUUACAUGAGCGUAUCGACUUACCAAGACAUGGCACUGACAACAGUGAAACAGCUCGGACAAGGGCAUUUUGGCGUCGUCGAGCUCUGCAGCCACGACAACAGUUCAAAUAGUGUGCCGCAUCGCUCGGAACUUGUCGCCGUAAAAAGCCUGCGAGAUAACAUGCGAUCUGUGCAGAACACGAGUGACUUCCGGAACGAAUUCGACAUUUGGCGCGAGUUCGACCACAAGAAUAUCGUUAAGCUUCUUGGCCUCUCGCUCCCGAGUGGACGACUGGUCAUGGAAUAUAUAGAGAAUGGCUCGCUAUUCUCUUGGCUUUCUCAUAGAAGAAAAGAGGAAGUACCUUUCGACUCAAUUUUCGAGCAGCUGUUUGCAUUCUCAAUUCAAAUCUGCGAAGGCAUGGAGUACAUCCACUCCAAGGGCAAAAUACACCGAGACUUGGCUGCGAGAAACGUAAUGGUCGCCUCUCAAGCCUGUUCAUUAGAUCCCGACAAAAUCACACUUGUUGCAAAAAUAAGCGAUUUCGGUCUUAGUCGAAGAGUCGACGCGACAAAAACGUACUACAGAGGUAACCCAGAAGAGUUUCCUGUUCAGUGGUACGCGCCUGAAUGCAUAAAGGAUCAGUCGUACCACUACACAUCCGAUGUGUGGAGUUUUGGCGUCACUCUCUGGGAGAUAUUCUCCUACGGUCAACGCCCUGAGUACAAAAAUGCCGAAAAGAAGUCCCAUCUAACUCUAGUUGAACUUUUCAAUGCACUUCAAGAGGGCUGUCGACUACCAAAGCCGCUGAAUUGCCCGAUGAGCAUGUUCGAAAUCUAUGCAAUAAUGGCCUCCGGAGUUUUGUCCUUCCUCCGUGGAAUCGACCUGACUCGAUUUCCGAUCGGGGACACCACCAAGCUUGGAGACACAGAGCAGCUUAAAGAACUCCAAAAUGUAAGAUGGUUGAAGCUGGCGCGAACGGGCUUGAAAGUGCUUCCGGCUGAAAUUGUUUCCUGCAAAAAUCUUGAGGAACUUGAUAUAUCCUUCAACCAGCUAGCGAGUUUAGAAGAUCUCUCCGAGCUACCCAACCUUAAAAGCCUUAUUGCGAAGAGUAACUUGAUUCUUGAGACCUCUCUCCCGCCGGAGAUAUUUCACAAAGAGCUCAAUGUGCUCGAUCUGCAGAAGAACAAGCUCCGCGCCGUUCCUGAGCGACUGGAGGAAGCGGAAGGCUUACUCGUGCUCAAUCUCGCCGACAACCAAAUUUCUGAAAUUCCGCAGACAACAUUCGUCAAUCUCUGCGAUCUGAUGCAUUUGGACUUGUCUGGCAACCAACUUGAGACGCUGCCUGCUCAAAUGAGACGUCUAUCUAGUCUUCGUAUCAUGAACAUAUCAAACAAUCCGCUAGGAUUCGCGCAAUUGAGACAGCUUCCAUCGCUCAUCGCACUCAAGGAGUUAUAUUUAUCAAAUACUCAGCGAACUGCUGCAAAUUUACCCCAGUCUUUCGAAGGUUUGGCGCAGACACUGGAAGUGAUCGACCUGAGUUCCAAUCAGUUGCAGGAGAUCCCUGAUUGCCUUUUCGAAUGCAUACAACUGCGCCGGAUCAAUCUGUCUAAUAACGAUAUCAGUGAGGUGCACCUCCAGAUUGACAAGUGGCACCAUCUUCGCAACCUCAACCUAAGCAAUAACAAACUCACGUCCUUACCGGCGUCUCUUCAGAAGCUCACGCAGCUAACGUCCCUCUACAUUUCCGAGAACCAGUUUGACUUUGAGGGCAUCCCGAGAAGUAUCGGCAAGCUUGGCAAUUUGGAAGUCUUCUCGGCGGCGUUUAACAUCCUUGAGACUGUCCCCGAAGGAUUGACGCGCUGCAUCAAGCUCAGAAAGAUGACGCUGAACAACAACAAGUUGAUAACUCUGCCGGAGUCGAUCCAUUUCAUGCCAAAUCUACGCGAUUUGGAUGUGCGCAACAAUCCCUCCUUUGUCAUGCCACCAAAACCGUCAGAAAGUAAGAAAGAAGAUGAAAUGAGCUACGAUGCUCAGCUGCGCCGCAUGGGCCAGCUGCCCGAGAAGAAAGAAGAAAACACCUCGCAGAAGAAGUAUGAGCGGCGCAUUAAGCUUCGUAAAAUUCGCGAGUCUGUUGGACCCAACGGCGACUCGCAAAAAGGUGACGCCAACAAAGUGCUUGCCGGUCUCAAGGAGAUCGAAGGCAAGGGCGAUGCCGAUCUCGACAACGAAAUCACUGGAGGAAAAUCUUGGAUGGACAACCUCAAGGGUCCAACACUAGACUACAAUGGCGUGUUCGACGAGUUCACUGGACAAUCGCCUGGCGUCACAGUCUGGCAAAUAGAUAACUUUUACCCAGUAUUGCAAGAUGAUACCCUCCACGGCAAAUUCUACACGGGCGACUGCUACAUUAUCCUGCAAUCGAUUCUUUUGGAGAACAGAGACCUCGAGCAUAAAAUUUUCUUCUGGAUCGGAGACGACGCUUCUUUGGAUAAGAAAGCCUGCGCCGCGAUGCACGCAGUGAACUUGAGGAACAUGCUUCAAGCGAAGAGCAGAACGUCUAGACAAGAAAUGAAUGACGAGGAUGACGAGUUCCUCGACCUCUUCGAGGACGACAUUCAGUACAUCGCUGGUGGCUCCGAAAGUGGAUUUUACCUUGUAGAAAAAGCCGCUUUCGAAAUCAGACUGUACUGCGUUGAAGAUGCAGCCGCUCCGCGUAUCUAUCCAGUUCCGUUGAAACCGACGUCUCUCCACGCAAAGCAAUGCCUGAUUCUCGAUACGGGAAAGAUUAUUUAUUGUUGGCUUGGAAUGAUGGCCAAAAAUGUGGUAAAAUCAAAAUGUCGUCUCAUUGCUGACAAAAUCAACAAAUACGAGCGCAAGGGCCUCUCCGAAGUAAUUCUGGUUUAUCAGGGCUACGAAGAGAGCGAGUUCUGGCAAUUGCUAGGCGGCAUGCCAGACAAGGUUCGGCCUUUGGAAUUGCAGCAAUACCGAGGUCCGCGCAGUCCUCGUCUGUACAAAGUUUGUCUUGGCUCAGGAUACCUCGAGCUACCUCAGCUCAACUAUCGAACGUCGAUCGACCAUGAUCCUAAAAAUCAACCGCGACUCAAUCUCCUCCCACACCUCCGUCUGUUGCCCUCACUGCUGGACUCUAAGGGCGUCUACAUACUUGAUUGCACUGGACAGAUCUUCGUGUGGAUCGGAAAGCAUUCCCAGCGUCUCGCGCGAGCUGCUGCCUGGAAAUUAGCCUCGGAAAUGUCUAAAUUGCCCGGCAGGCCGGCGAUAGACAUCCGCGUCACCAAGGAGCUUGAAGGCACUGAGAGUGUUGGUUUUAGGCACAUGUUCAAAGGAUGGGAUAACGUACUCAACAUCGACUACUCGAAAGCUGUCGACACGGUGCCUGAGAAGGAACUACAGCUUCGAAAAGAUAGACAGGCAAAUGCGGCUGAUAUGUCUGCUCUUUUUUUGCCUCGUCAACGAGUAAUGCCAUACGAGGAAGCGGUCGAAAUUGGCGAAGAAUGGGCUGAGGAUUUGGAGUCGAUGAAAUGCUUUGUGCUUGAGGGCAAGAAGUUUGUUCAUCUGCCAGAAGAAGAGAAGGGCCAAUUCUACUCUCAAAACUGCUACGUCUUUGUGUGCAGGUAUCUUUACCCACCAGACAAAGACGAAGAAGAGUCUGAAGGCUCUGACGAAGAAGAUGAGGAAGAGGACAAUCUAGAAGUUAUCGUGUACUUCUGGGAGGGACGUGAUGCUAAUCAGCUCGGCUGGUUAACAUUUACGUUCACUCUGCAAAAGAACCUCGAGGAAAUGUUCGCCGACAAACUCGUAAUUAGGCGUAUGAGACAGCAGCAAGAGGGCGAAAAGUUCUUGAGUCAUUUCGAUGGAAACUUUAUCAUCAUGAACGGCAAGCGAUUCACGAAAGCUCAACGCGAGAAAAUAGCCAAUCGCGAAAACAUCGAGUUACCGAAGCGAGAGCCAUUGCUGCUACAGACACGCUCGACAGGAUCAAUGUUCACCACUCGUACCGUCCAGGUUGCUUGUGAACCCGCCUCGCUUAAUUCUGAAUUCUGUCAUAUUCUGAUCGUCCCAUUCUCCGGCGGCGGAAGUGGAAUGGUUUAUGGCUGGAUCGGCCGUUGCGCAGAACCGAGGGAGGCCACUAUCAUGGGAAGCUUGAUGGAUGAUCAUCUACCGAUAGAAUUCAAGCGCUAUUCAAAGCAAGUUAUCAACGAGGGAGAGGAGCCAGAGAACUUCUUUUGGGUUGGCAUAGGCGCUGAUAUCAGCAGAGGGUUGCCUCAAUAUCCUGGCGAUGCUGAAUAUCUCCGAAUAUCCCGAUUAUUCAGAUGUACUAACGAAACCGGAUAUUUCAACGUUUCUGAAAAAUGUUCUGAUUUCUGUCAAGCUGAUCUCCAAGAUGAUGACGUCAUGCUUCUUGAUACUGGCGCGAUUCUGUAUUUGUGGGUGGGCAGCUCCGCUUCGCAAACCGAGGUUAAAUUCGGUCUCAAAGCAGCCGCCGUUUAUCUACAACAUUUAAAAGCGAAAGGUGCCCCUUCGCGGAAGCUCAAAGCGGUUCGCAAAGGAAACGAAGUCGCUGACUUCAAACAAUGCUUCCACGGGUGGAGAGCGUGGUAA